AUGCGCAGACUUCCCCCCUUCAACAGCCUUAUGGGCGCAGACCCAUCCCUUGACAGUCAGCACUGCUUCGAAACCUCCUGGCUCCUCCCACCACUGGCCUACGCUAUUUUCCGCGGUGCGAUUGCGCUCUACAUCUUCGUGACCAUCUUCUUCAUCUGGGGCUGGGACGGCACCCAUGGCAACCGCGAAGCUAUCGGCCAAUCCUUCAGCUACUUCACCUGGCUGACAUACUGGGGUCUGGGCUUCUACCACAUUUUCGCAUGCAUCCACACCACCCUCUAUGCGCUGACCGGUCGCUCGGUGCUCUUCGAUCGCUGGCCCCGUGGCCUGCGCGCCCUCCACAGUCUCUACUAUACGACUAUCACGACGUUCCCAUUUCUCGUGACGAUCGUUUUCUGGGCGAUUCUGCACCCUUCUUGGUUCGACGUGACUUUUAAUGCCUGGUCGAAUCUCUCCCAACACGGCCUUAACUCUCUCUACGCCCUUCUAGAAAUCAUCCUCCCGGCUACCAACCCGCACCCGUUGAUGACCUUCCCGUUCCUCGUGCUUCUGCUCCUCCUUUACGUCUCUCUCGCCUAUUUGACGUUUCAUACUCAGGGAUUCUACACGUAUUCCUUCUUGGAUCCUGGUGUGAACGGGGAGAAGAGUGGCAAGGUCGCUGCUUAUUGUUUUAUCAUUCUUGCGGCAAUCGUGAUUAUCUUCGGCAUUACCUGGGGUGUUAUAUGGUUGAGGAGGAAGCUGACGGGAGGUAAGGUGAAGCGGUCGAGGUUUGAUCAUGAGAGGCCGAUUGAGAUGCGGGAGACUGAGGUUUAG